UUAAAGCAAACAAGGAAGUGGGGUGACUGACACAUGUUUCCAAUGAUUGGGAGCACACGGUCCGUCAUUACUUAUUCUCAUUCUGUCCUCUCACACAGCAGAGGCAACAUGGGGCUGCGGGCCGUCCUGCUGCUCGCUCUGCUCGCAGAGACUUUCGCUGCAGACGAGUCCUGUAUGGGUCGCUGUGAGAAUGGCUUUGACUCUCAGAGGAAGUGCCAGUGUGACUCCAUGUGCAAGUAUUACCAGAGCUGCUGCUCUGACUUUGAGGCCACCUGUGGCAUGAUGACUCGUGGGGACACCUUUGUGUUUGCAGAGGACGAUGACGAGCUGUUUGAAGGCACCACUCCACCUCCUCGAACUCCAGCGGAGUCUUUCACCCGUGGAGCUCGUCAGCCGGAGCCCACUGAGCAGACCGUCUCAGACUUUGACCGCAGGCCCCAGCAGCAUCCAGAGACCACACUGGAAAUGGUCAAACCAUCUCGGCAGAGAGUCCCCUUCAGACAGAUGACACCUAUUUCACCCCCACCUACAGAGAGCGUCCCCUUCACAACCAAACCCCCUGGGAUGGAUGCAGCAGCUGAGACGACCACCGUCCCCAUCACCACUGCCACCACGGAAGCCCCUGACCCGGAUGCUGAGGUCUGCAGCGGGAGGUCCUUUGACUCUUUUAUGCAGCUAAAAAAUGGCUCUAUAUAUGCCUUCAGAGGGGUGUAUGUUUUUGAACUGGACCAGAAGUCGGUCCUCCCUGGUUAUCCAAAGCUCAUCAAGGACGUGUGGGGUAUCGACGGGCCAGUCGAUGCAGCUUUCACCCGUGUCAACUGUCAAGGGAAGACCUACAUCUUCAAGGGAAACCAGUACUGGAGGUUCGAUAACGGCGUACUGGAUGACGACUAUCCUCGAGAUAUCAGCGUGGGCUUUGACAAAAUUCCUGAUCACGUGGAUGCAGCGUUUGCCCUCCCUGCCCCUGGUCACCACGGAAGAGAGAAAGUCUAUUUUUUCAAAGGGGAUCAGUACUACACGUACGAGUUUUUGCACCAGCCGUCUCAUGAGGAGUGCAUCCGCAUGUCUGAGAGGUCUCCAUCCACACUGUUCAGACGCUACACUGACAUAUACUACAACAACUAUGAACACUUUUUCAGCAAGCUCUUCUCUGACUUGCCUCAGCAUCACGACAAACACCACUUCAUUAACAAAGACUGGAAGGGUCUCAAGUCUCCAGUGAAUGCUGCCAUGGCGGGCAGGAUCUAUGUCACUUCCAGGAGUCCACCGCCGCCGCCGCCGCCACCGCCACCACCGCCACCACCGCCACCACGCCGCAACGACUACAGGUUCGACCAGCAGUGGGGUCAGCAGCAGGGUCAACAGUGGAACCAGCAGUACGGGCAGCAGUGGGGUCGGAGGAGGCAAAGCCGCUCACCCUUCUGGGGCUCCAUGGCCGAGCAGGGGAUGAACAUGGGUCAGGCCUUCGCUGAGAGGGGCAUGGAGAUGGGUCUGAGGCUGGCUGAGAAGAGGAUGGAGAUGGAGGAGAGGCUCGGACGGGACUGGGACAGACGGUGGGAUCAAGACUGGGACCAGGACAGGAGGAGAGAUCGAUACCGCCAGAACAACAGAGGCAACUACGACUCUAGGGACGACGGGUCGUACUGGGAGAUGCAGAGGAGUCUGCCCAUUCAGAGCGUCUACUUCUUCAAAGGAGAUAAAUACUACAGAGUGGACCUCAGUACCAAGAGAGUCGACCCCGCCAUGCCUCCAUAUCCCAGAUCCAUCGCUAGGUACUGGCUCGGCUGCUCAGACACCACCGGGGCAGAGAAGUAGUCUCAAAAGUAUUUUAGGGUUAUUUUAAUAUGAUCAUUUGGAUUCAUUCUCAGUCAAACAGGCAGUGUUGGCUGUGAAAAGUGUGUCAACCAUGUUCAGUGUAACACAUAACUAGCUGCUCGUCAGCUUUAGCAAAUAUUGGAGUUUGGUGAAAGUCCACACACGGCUUGUUGAGGCCAAAGUUCAGCUGGUUGAUUUUCUGAACUCUGCUGAGUUAUCUAAUCUGUUCUUAACAUCAGCUGACCUACAUUAUUAAACGCAACCGUAGUCAAGUGUAGGCUAUGUUUGUAUUCUAAAAAAGUGUUUAUUUGUAAUAGUUAUAGGGAUUUAUGUUUUAUAAAUUCACAGCUUGUCGUUUCUUAGUUUUUACAUUGUCAUAAUAAUAAAGGAGUCUGUUACACUGCAUCCAUUCAAAGACCCACACAGACCAGAAAUCACUACUGUUUUCUAAGUCAUGUAUCUACAGAAUUCAACAUGUUUAUUUUCUCAUUACUAGUUGUGCACAUAUAUACAGUGAAAUGGAAAUAUAAAACACUUGUGGCAGGAUAGAUGAGGUCAUAAAGUCUUGGUCAUACAGAUUUCUUCUUUGAGUAAGAAAAAGCCCCAAAUUGCAAUGGUGUGUUUUUACCCAACAGCAGCACGAUGUGACAGUCACAUCAGAGGUCAGAGUGCAGUGACAGCUGGGUUCAUGCUCGAGGACACUUUGACAGUGUGUGAAAACACUUUUAGAGUUCCAGCAGCUUCCUGACAUCUACUGAUUGGUGCAACAGGGCAACAACAAUGCACCAACAGAACGACCCUGUUAAAUUUUAGUGGCUUUAGUCUACAGGAUGCAUUGUGUAGUGAUUCAGAGUGAGUCGCAGUCAUUUGCAUGUUCACAGUCUGUUCCAGUCUGGUCUUACUUGUGUUUUCAUCCAUGACUAAUAAAGCAUCAGUACAGCAGCAAAUCUUAUAAACCUCAUUCCCAGAUAUUACAGUACUUGUGUGUGUAUACACUUAACACAACGUGGAUCACUGGAGCAAAUAAAAAUAUUUAUCACUCA